CUAGCAUCUGUCCACGGGCCAUUCUGCACGACAUCAAAGUGUCCGAGUUUUAUCUCUACGGCUCGGUCAGCAAAGAUUUUCACCUUGGUUCGACACUCGUUAGAAUUGCUUCAGCUCCGCCGCGAUGGCGUCGAUCAACGGCACUCUUGUGCCCCUGGCACCACCGCCUGGCUAUGUUGUCGAUUUUGACAACCCGGAAAGAAUCCUGACGCCCACGGCGUAUUGGAUGUACGGUGCUGGGAUGGUUCUGGCGUUUUUGUUUCUCCUCCAGCGCCUCUACACAAAGAUAUUUUUGAUGAAGACGUUCAACCUCGACGAUUAUUGCUUGGUUGGAUCCUGGGCCUUUUCUCUCGCAACCCAGAUCCCCGAGGUGUACGAGUGGUCGCAGGGAAAUCUCGGCAUACACAUGUGGGAGCUGCCAGUGCCGCGCUUCGAGCGGUUCCUGUUCCUCAUCUACCUUGCGCCCAUCCUGUAUGCGCCCUGCCAGAUCCUGGCCAAGGUGUCGCUGCUCAUCUUCUACCACCGCCUCUCGCCCGUCCGCGGCUUCAAGCUCGCCGUCAACUUUACCAUUUUCGUCGUCGUCUUCUACAACACCGCCAUCAUGUUUGCGCUCAUCUUUUCCUGCUGGCCCGUCCAGAAGAACUUUGACCUCAGCAUCCCCAAGGAGGUGGGCGCCUGCAACGUCAACCUGCCUCAGGUCUACAUCGCCACCUGCAUCAUGGGCAUAAUCACAGACCUCAUGGUCUUGAUGCUGCCGCUCCCGACCGUCUUGAGGCUCCAGGUUUCACGGGCGCAAAAGAUUGGCCUGGUGUUCAUUUUUAGCAUUGGUUCUGCAACUUUCGUCACAUCAAUCGUUCGCCUUGCUCUCCUGGUCAAAACCUCGGGCGAGGCCGAUCUCACUUGGGCUAUUGCCGAGGCAACAAUGUGGAUCGGCAUCGAGGCCAACCUCUUCAUCAUGUGCGGCUCGCUGCCCACGCUCCGCAAGUUCGCCAAGCACGUCGGGCCGGUCAUCUUUGGCGAGUCCUUCGCCUCGAUGUUCUCGUCGCGCCGCGGCGGCCGCAGCGGCGCCAGCAAGGGCAACACGGGCAACUCGUACCCGCUCAAGAUCUCGACGGGCGGCAACAGCCGGCUGUCGACGACGGGCAAGAACGGCUUCAGCCGCCUCGACGAGACCCGCGACGCCAAGCUGUCGUCGUCGGAGAGGUACGGCGUCGAGACCAGCGUCCACACCGACAUGGACAAUGGGGUCCCGUCCGCCAGCAGCCCCACCGACCUCGGCCUCGCCGUAUCGACAGACGCGGGUCGCGGCCAUGCUCAUUCUGCCCCCGGCAGCAUCGUGCAGACUAGGGAGACUAUUAUUCAGUAUGAGCGCCGUUGAUGGUUGAGUCGCAACGCCAGCCCAAUGUUUUGAUUUUUUCUUCUUCUUUUUGUUGC